CCAUGAGCGCGUUGCUGUGGCGGCUGGACCCGCGGCGGGUGCCGUGGGGCGCGGGCUGGAGGGCGGCCCGCGGCCGCGUGCUGCGCACCAAGCCUGUGGAGUCCAUGCUGGAGGGCGCCGGCGAGGGCGCCAAGCUCGCCCGGGUGCUCACCACCCUCGACCUCAUCUCCCUCGGCGUCGGCAGCUGCGUGGGCACCGGCAUGUACGUGGUGUCCGGCCUGGUGGCCAAGGAGAUGGCGGGCCCCGGAGUCAUCGUCUCCUUCAUCAUCGCUGCYGUGGCUUCCAUCCUGUCAGGUGUUUGCUAUGCUGAGUUUGGUGUGCGGGUGCCCAAAACCACGGGCUCUGCCUACACCUACAGCUACGUGACAGUGGGGGAGUUCGUGGCCUUCUUCAUCGGCUGGAACCUCAUCCUCGAGUACCUGAUCGGCACGGCGGCGGGCGCGAGCGCGCUGAGCAGCAUGUUCGACUCGCUGGCCAACCACACCAUCAGCCGCUGGAUGAUCAGCAGCGUGGGCACCUUGAACGGCCUCGGGAAAGGAGAGGAAUCAUACCCUGACCUCCUUGCUCUGGUUAUUGCUGUCAUUGUCACCAUCAUCGUGGCCAUGGGUGUGAAGAACUCAGUGGGUCUCAACAACGUGCUCAACGUCAUUAACCUGGUAGUCUGGAUCUUCAUCAUGAUUGCCGGGCUCUUCUUUGUCAAGGGUGACAACUGGUCUGAAGGGCAAUUCCUGCCAUUUGGAUGGCCAGGGGUGCUGAAAGGGGCAGCAACUUGUUUCUACGCCUUCAUCGGCUUCGACAUUAUCGCUACCACGGGAGAGGAAGCCAAGAGUCCCAACACCUCCAUCCCCUACGCCAUCACAGCCUCACUCGUCACAUGCUUGACAGCAUAUGUGUCCGUGAGUGUUAUCCUCACUCUGAUGGUGCCAUACGAUGCCAUUGACACCGAGUCCCCUCUGAUGGAAAUGUUUGUGGCCCGCGGAUUCUACGCUGCUAAGUUCAUCGUUGCCAUCGGGUCCGUGGCAGGGCUAACAGUGAGUCUGCUGGGCUCCCUCUUCCCCAUGCCGAGAGUCAUUUACGCCAUGGCUGGUGACGGGCUGCUCUUCAGAUUUUUGUCCCACGUCAGUUCCUACACGGAAACUCCAGUAGUGGCUUGUAUUGUCUCAGGAUUUCUAGCAGCACUGCUCUCCUUGCUGGUCAGCCUGCGGGACCUCAUAGAAAUGAUGUCCAUCGGCACGCUCCUUGCCUACACGCUGGUCUCCGUCUGCGUCCUGCUCCUCCGGUACCAGCCGGAGAGCGACAUUGACGGCUUUGUUAAAUUCCUCUCUGAGGAGCACACCAAGAAGAAGGAGGGCAUCCUCGCUGACUGUGAGAAGGAAGCUUGUUCUCCAGGGAGUGAAGGAGAAGAGUUUACAGGCCAACCAACCAACACGUGUGGGGCAAAAAAUCUGCCAUCACUGGGGGACAACGAGAUGCUAAUAGGGAAAUCUGAUAAAUCCACCUACAGCGUCAAUCACCCAAAUUAUGGCACGGUCGACAUGACCUCAGGCAUAGAGGCAGAUGAGUCUGAGAACAUCUACCUCAUCAAGCUGAAGAAGUUAAUUGGUCCACGCUACUACACAAUGCGGAUCCACCUUGGCCUGCCYGGGAAAAUGGACCGCCCGACUGCAGCCACCGGCCACACGGUCACCACGUGCGUGCUCUUGCUCUUCGUCCUGAUGUUCAUCUUCUGCUCUUUCAUCAUUUUCGGUGCUGACUACAUCUACGAGCAGAGUUGGUGGGCAGUCCUGCUGGUGGUGCUGAUGAUCCUGCUCAUUGCUGUACUGGUGUUUGUGAUCUUACAGCAGCCAGAAAACCCCAAAAAGCUGCCGUAUAUGGCACCUUGCCUCCCUUUCGUCCCCGCGUUUGCCAUGCUGGUGAACAUCUAUCUCAUGCUGAAGCUCUCCACGGUCACGUGGAUCCGAUUUGCUGUCUGGUGUUUUGUGGGCUUGCUCAUUUACUUCGGCUAUGGCAUGUGGAACAGCACCCUGGAGAUCAGUGCCCGGGAAGAGGCACUUCAUCAGAGCACCUACCAGCGCUACGACGUGGACGUCGACCCCUUCUCUGUGGAUGACGGCUUCUCCUACGCCAAUGAGAGCGAGAACUACCAGGACUGGGGCCCUUCUGAGGACAAAGGCUUCUCUUACCAGCAAAUGACGGGAGCAAAGGAAAGCCAUCGGACGAGUAGCAAAUCGAAAAGCAAAGGCAAACACAAACAGAAUUCGGAGGCCCUGAUUGCCAAUGAUGAGUUAGACUACUCGCCGGAGUAACAGAGACAGGAACGGGGCCACCGCGCUGCCCCUCRCACUCUGCCCUUGGGUGGCAGUGGAAAGGCUUCUCCAGCUCCCCUUUCAAUCUCAUCUUCCCUAACGUGUCAGGGCCCACCACCACCACCCCUUCCUUCCAGUCACCUAUCCUGCACUCCGAGGUUGCUAUUUACCCUGAACAAAAACCCGAGGUCCGUUUGGGGUCCACCAUUCAGAUCCUGCUUUCGUGAAUGUUACCAAGRGAGCCAGGGCUCAGCUUCACUGGCAGAUCCUCUAGUGUCUACUAAACCUGCGGUCUGGCAGCACCAACAAAGCAAAUUAGGAGAGAGAUGUGCCAAAUUGGAAGGGCAUAUGAUAGGUGAAAGAUGUCACAUCAACAGUUAGUGAGGGGAUAAGCUGUGCUUUCCACAGGGAAUAUUCACCCUAUGACCAUGCUGCUGGGAAGCCACUGUUACGUAUUCGGCACUUUCUUAGAACAUUUUUUUUCCUUCCACCACCUAGAAAAAAUAGCUUGGGUAGAAUGAUAUAUUGGUAGGUAGGUAUCAAAUGGAGGUGGUAAAAUAUCUUUCAAGGGAAUCUCAGUGACAGAUUAGAGUUGGAUCCAGGGAUCUUGACAACAUCAUGCAGCAUUUCCAUAACCUGUUCCAGUACAAAGGCACUCCACUCAAACAAGCUUCUGAGGUCUCUGUCCCCAAAACCUUGAAUUCAAAUGUCCCARAAACUGGAACUAAGGAAAAUAGUCUAUGUCUUGCUCCUCUUAGACAACCUCAAUCAAAACAUGAAAUCCUAGUGCAGCUGAACAUCUCAAAUCUACUUUUCAGAAUCUGGACCCAUUUCUAGUCAUAGUGAGGGUCAUGACUCUCCCUAGGCUUAAAUCGCUUUGUACAAAUGAUCAAUAAUCUAACACCAUUUGUCCUAGCACCAUAGUUUUGACGCUGGAUUCUGUUUCCAUUUUCUAUAUCCCGCAUUCCUAAUUCACUAAUUCUGAUGGGCACUUCACAGCUAUCAUCCCGGCUUCAGCUCUUAAGGGAAUGCAUCCGUACUGCUCUGGAUGCUGCUCCCCACUCCCCACUCCCCACUGUGCAGGUGAGCUAUCCUUGGGCAACAGUAGAAGAUCAGGCUGCUCAAACCUCCCUCCUUGAACCUAGCUCAGCUUUGUACUUCAUACGACUUUCUCUGUUUCUGAUCACGGCUUGCUAGAUGCAGCACGAAAAUGCUGCUCACUGUAUGAAAUUCUGUAUUUCAAUCAGAGACCAAAUACAGUUGAUGGGUCAUAGUGCAGGGACUGUUGGGAGGCAGAUGUUCUUGAUAGCUAAAUCUUCUGGACAUCAGCCCCAUCCUGCUCCCCUCCCUCCAGCAGAGCUCAGCAUGCAUACAAGUUCCCGAUGGGAUGACCAUAACAUCAGACGCAGUAACAGCACUUGGCCUAAUGUCGGCAGAUAUCCUAGGGGAUACAACCAGCCAGUUCUGGGUGGCUCUCCUCCAACUGGCAACUUGGACACCCAACUUCAGGGUGCCAUCAGCUGCUCUGGAUCAUGUUAGUGUGUGCCCCUGMCCAAGACUGAGCCUUGGAACAUAUCGCCACAGUAUCACCCCAACAUCACUUCCCUAGGCCAAGGAGAAGGUUUCCCAAGCCACCCUGAUCAGUUGGGAUGAUGUUAGCCCAGCCCAUGGCACCUCAGCAGCCAGAGCUUCGGCAUUGAGCAGUUCACCUUUGCCGGUGGACACCUGGGACAUCAGUUGGCCCUUAAUGCUGCCUGUCACAGCACCACAAAGCUCUAAUGUCCUUGCUGAGCUUCUGGAUGCAGAGAGCCUUCAUGGUGACACCGGUGCCCAGGAAGAACCAGCUCGCUGUCUCUCUCCCUAGCAGACACCAGCCAUGGCUCCCAUCCCACGUCUGCCUCUCAAUAAUGGAUCAGCAGCUGGCACACAGCGGGGCUAUUUCUGGAGUCCACCAUGGACCUGGUUAGCUGUAGGCUUAAAAUACUGCUGCAGAGGAACAUCUUUUUGAAUAAAUAAUAACCUGGACUGAGGAAGUGCCRUAGCAGACAGCCAGCAUCUCCCURGCUCCUGAAGGCUGCAGGGCAGAACUCCUCCCACAGAGCUCAUCAGGGUAAAUCCUGAAGAGCUUCCGGUUGUCACCGGUUACUGCUGGAUUCACAUCAGCAAGAGCAAGGCAAGACUUGGGCCAAGGCCACCCAUGCCUACAGCUGGGCUUUGCAAGAGCAUGAUGUGUGUCCUUGUGCUGCCCGGCCGUCUAACUGGGAGACUGCUCAUGCAAUGCAAUUAAACGGUGACUGAAGGAAGAUUUGUCCUAUGUGUAAGCAAUGCUGAGAACUGGGGACACUUAGGUACUCCAGACAAGCUAGGCUUAGACCCUACCAAGGCAAAGGCAAAUGCAUCAGGAAGUGAUGAGGAUGGAUAGGGUCCUGCAGCCCAGAUGGGGUGCGGAGGAUGCCCUCCCAGUCCACCUUUUGACCAAAGUGAUGAGAAGCUGACCAUGAUCCAGUCAUCCCAUUGAAGCUAAGGGACAUUYAGCCUCUGUGCAGGACUUGAGCCCAGAGACAAGCUCUCUAGGUGCAGUGUCACAUAGGGCUUGACUGGCAUGGGGCACAAGGCACUGUCUGUGAGGGGACCUUGUACACUCUGAUCUGGUGUCUGCUCUUAUCAGCCACCCCUCUUCUCCAAGCAGAAACCAUGUGCACCUCCCUCUGAAAAGUCGUGUUUUUAAUGUGUGUACCAGCUUGUGAGACCUUUCUGUGGUCUGAGCUCCGCUAGCAAGAGUUGCCUCUCACUUGUGCUUCACUGUUAUUAUUAUGGAUGCCUUAGAAACACCCAGGAGUGACAGCACCUCCCAGGUCUGGCUUUAUGCUUUCAGGGAGACAGAUCAACAUUGCUUUCCUACCAGCUGUUGUUCUAUGUCRCGUUGGAGGUGGCCAUGUUCGUCCUGCUUCUGCAAGGUGUUGAGGCACCUGCGUGCCCGCUAGCAUGUGCCCUCCAAGCACCGUGUUGAACCACAGCCUGCUAGUCCCUUCGCAGCCUUAACCUCUUGCUACAGAGCAGUGACCAGCACCUGCCCUCGUGUCAGCUUCAUUGCAUCGUGUCGCCUGACGAGUGCUUCCUUGCUCUUUGGCUGCUGCAGGCACCUUUGCACUGGAUCAAUGCCUUGAGCAAGGUCCUUUGGUUGUUGUUAUUCCUCUCCCAGAGCAUCCCAUGGUCUGUCUCUCUGGCCACGCCAGAAGGCUGCAGUGGGUUCCAUGGCACUGCCCAAAGCGGCCUCCAGGAAGCAUGGAGAGAUGUCCCACCACCAGACCUGGGCCAGAAGCUCCUCAGCCUCAGACAGAAGAAUGUCAGAGYCAGGCUGAAACACAGGUCUGGUCAACUUCUGUUGUGGAAAUCCUACACUUUCCCUUGGAGUGAACUGGAGUCUGG